CUGCUAUCCAGCCUGUCAUCACCUUACCGAACAAACCGUUCAGGUCUUGACCGGCACUGCGUCUUGUGCAAUACACCUCUCAGCCUCAAACCGCAAAGAUGUCUUACCAAAAGCCCGAGAAGGAUUUCGGCGAAGGCCCAAAAAUCCACAAGAUCCGUAUUACCUUGACCUCCCGCAAGGUUGCUUCCCUCGAGAAAGUCUGCCAGGAGCUCAUUGAGCGUGCCCGCUCCAAGUCGCUCCACGUCAAGGGCCCCGUCAGACUUCCCACCAAGACUCUCACCAUCUCCACUCGCAAAACUCCUUGCGGUGAGGGUAGCAAGACCUGGGAUCGAUUCGAGAUGCGGAUUCACAAGCGCUUGAUUGACUUGAACGCCCCUACCGAGACGGUUAAGCAGAUCAUCAUUAACAUCGAGGCUGGUGUUGAGGUCGAAGUCACCAUCGCCGCAUAAGCGACCUAGCGAUGGAUAAACCUUGAUCGGAUGCCCGGAAAUCGAGCUCGAUCAUUAUGCCCUGCUUAAUGGAUGUUAUGAUACUAUGAACUGUAUUACAAUAUCGAAAUUAAAACGUUGAGCAGCGUUGAAUCGCAGCCUCCUUCAAAUCCACUCUGCCCUGUUCUUGGGAAGCAAAAGUAGCUUGAAUAAAUUGGAUGCAGUGUGUAUCCAAAAACUAAUAUACUGUAAACAUAACGGUAUAAGAAUCACAUCAGCCCGAAAAAAAAUAUUGCUCGUCAAAAUUUUAGGCCCCUGACCCCCGUAUAACUCCUACCUAAAACUCCGUGUCGCUCGAGGACAACUGCGCUGGAAAAAAAAAUAAAAUAAAAAUUACAAGCGAUCAAUGCCCACUUAAAGUUCAAAGCUACACCACUCUGGCCUCGGCGGAACAGACGGCAUAAUCCCGUUCUGAAACGAGCCAUUUGCUUUCAAGAAUUUAUACGCCUCUUGGACCUGGGGCGUAUAUUCCUCGGCCUUUCCCACUGAACUUCUAAAUGACUCCGGGGCUGGAGGGCCUUGUGGAAAGUAAAUGUGCACGAACGUUGCCGGGUCGUCUGGGUGUUGGAAGCAGGGUUCAUUGUCGAUGUAUUUAGUUUGCUGGCCCUUCCAUGAAAUAAGCUUAUUCGUCACUGGGUCUCGCCGAGUUUCACCAACAAGUUUGGGCAAUGGGUUCAAUUUUGUAGAAUCCUUUUUAGUCCCAAGAGCCGCUGUUGGAACCGCAGCGGGUAAUGAGGCUGAUUGGGGUGCUGGCUGUGUUGUUGGGGCCGUCGUAGCAAACCCAGGUGGUUGAGCGAAAGGAGAUGCUGUCUGCUGUUGGACUCCGAAACCAGAAGGUUGACCAAAUGGAUUAGCCGUUGACUGGGGUUGCCCAAAUGGAGCCGUGGUCUCCGGCUUUGCGAAUGGGGAUGGACCCUGAGCUUGGCUUUGCGGUUGUCCGAAACCCUGGCCUUGACUAGUGAGCUGAGUAAAGGGGGAAGCCUCGGUGGUCUGGUUUAAAUAACUGGGCUGUGUCGGGCCCUGGGGUACAGGCUGGCCGAAUGGGGAUACCUGACCAAACCCAGACUGCGUAGAUGCUUGCCCGAGUGUAGAAGGCUGGCCAAAUGCUGGCUUCCCAAACGCAGAUUGUUGCUGUUGUCCUAGCGCGGACGGUUGACCGAAUGACGAUUGGCCAAACGGUGGCUGCGGAGCUGCUUGGCCGAGUGUAGAGGGCUGACCGAAUGCUUGCUCUCCGAACGCG